AUGCACGUACUGACAGCACUCAGUGGAUUUGAUGGGUUUAAAAAAGAAUACAUGAAGUUGGGAGAAAAAGAUGGACUCUUAGGAAAGAUAAAGCAUUACCUCUCAACGAGACCACUGCCAUCUCCUGCUGAACGGAAGAAGUUUGACCGUGAGUUUGCCGUCUCCACUUCCUUUCAUGGUAUUUAUAACAUUGCCCAGAACCAGAGCAGGGUUCGAAAGGCGCUCUGGCUGUCUGUGGUGCUGGGCUCUGUCUCCCUCUUGGUGUGGCAAGUCUACAGUCGCUUGGUCAAUUAUUUCGCGUGGCCGACCACCACAUCUAUAGAGGUUCAGUAUGUGGAGAAGAUCGAGUUCCCAGCCGUGACGUUCUGUAACUUGAAUAGAUUCCAAACAGAGGCUGUAUCAAAGUUUGGCUUCAUUGUCUUCUUGUGGGAUGUAGUUUCCAAAGUCCUCCGCCUUCAGGAAACUAGUGGCAACCACACAGAAUCUCCAGAGACCUUAGAUUUUGUCACAAGUCACCAAAACUUCAGCAUUACAGAAUUUGUCAAGAAUAAUGGUUUUUUUCUCAAUCAGCACACUUUGUUGCACUGUGACUUUUUUGGAAAACCAUGUGGUCCAAAGGAUUUCAAACACGUUUUUACUGAAUAUGGAAAUUGCUUUACUUUUAACCAUGGUGAGAAUAUCCAAAGCAAGAAUAAAGUGAGUUUGUCUGGAAGAGGCUUAAAGCUGCUCUUCAAUGUCCACCAGGAGGAAUUUACUGAUAAUCCCAUGCCUGGUUUUGCUGAUGCUGGGAUCAUCUUUGUUAUUCACUCACCCAAGAAGGAGCCACAGUUUGAUGGCUUAGGUUUAUCUUCUCCUGUGGGGAUGCACGCCCGGGUGACCAUGCGCCAGCUGAAGACAGUCCACCAGGAAUACCCGUGGGGAGAGUGCAAUCCUAACAUCAAGUUGAAGGACUUCACCACCUACAACACUUACAGUUGUUUGAAGGAGUGCAAAGCCCAGCACAUCCAGCAGCAGUGCGGAUGUUUGCCCUUUCUGCUUCCAGGAAAUGGUGUUGAGUGUGAUCUACUAAAACACUACAACUGUGUAUCUCCCAUCCUUGACCACAUUGAGCUUAAGGGACUGUGCACAAUGGGAACACACAACUCUAGCUGCCCUGUAUCAUGUGAAGAAACAGAAUACCCAGCUACUGUUUCUUAUUCUACUUUCCCAAGUCAAAGAGCAUUAAAAUUUCUUGCCAAGAAAUUGAAUCAAAGCCAAGAAUAUCUCAGAGAGAAUCUUGUGAACAUUGAAAUAAACUACAGUGACUUAAACUAUAAGAUAACACAGCAGCAAAAGGCAGUAAGUGUACCUGAGUUACUCGCUGAUGUUGGAGGUCAGCUGGGCCUAUUUUGUGGAGCUAGUGUGAUUACAAUUAUAGAAAUUAUUGAAUAUGUAUUGACCAAUUUCUACUGGAUAUUCAUUUUCUUUUUGCUGAAAAUACUUGAAAUGAUCCAGAGGACUCCUCAACUUCAGUCGGUAUAGAAGAAUGCUAAUAUUCUGUUACAAUAAAAAUAUUGUUUUUUUUCUUUUCAUAAUACAUAUAAUUAUAAUGCCUCAUUCAUUGUUAUGAGACUUUAUGUCACAGUUUGGAAAGUCUAAUAAAAAUCAUUGAAGAUUCCUAUUUCUGUGUACACUGCUCUCUGCCUGUGUUGUAUAAUAUAUUCUGUAUUGUUUAAUUAUUUCUCUAUUGUAAACUGAGCAGUUAAAAUAGUAACUAUUACAUGGUAGGCAUCUUUUACCUUUUUAUAAUAAUGAAUGGAAAAAGGUGUACUUUAUAUCUAAAUAUGGUAAUCACAGCUAUCGAACUGCAUGUGGUUGUGAGGAUUGUUUUAAAUGUCAACCUGCCACAACCUAGAAUCACCUGUCCUGUGACUAGAGUCUUCGUUGAAGAAUUAUAUGGUUGGGGUUGGCCCAUGGGGAUGUCUGUUUGUUAAUUGACUCAACACAGUACAGGCAGCAUCAUUCCCUAGGCUGAGCCCUGAGCUGUUAAAGAGUAAAGGAAGUUACUGAAGGCAGCAAGCAGGCAAGCAAGAACCCAUGCAUCUAUCCCCUCUCUGCCCUUGACGGUGGGUGUAAGUUUUUUAAGUUUCUGCCUCAACUUCCACUCAAGAGUUGACUGUAAUCUGGAAUUGUAAGUCAAAUAAAUCCUUUCUUCCUUAGUUGCUUUUUUGUGAGGGUAUUUUUAAUCAUAGCAUCAAAAACAAAGCUAGAACCAAUGAAUAAUCAAGACAAUUGUUCAUUUCGGAAAUAGUAUGCAUAAUUUAUGCUUUAUAAACUUUCUCAGAAUUUUCAUUUUUGCUAAACCAUAGCAUUUUUGUUUUUUCUUCUAGAUAGCUUUAUUAUAACUGACUUGGGGUAGGCGGGAAUCUAUUUUCUGUACAGAUGGAUUCAUAAAAUAAAUGUAAUUGAAAAUGGAGCUGAAUCUGACCGAUAGAGGGACUCCACAGCAUUUCCUCAUUUCUUUCUAACACCUUUUAAGUACUUAUUUAAUCUAGACAAAAACUCAACAGUUCCGUUUGUUAUGCUCUAGGCAAUCAACUACUUUCAGCCUCUCGGAAUGUUCAUUCAAUGGUGAAUUGCUCAAAAGUCUUCUUUAACACAUUGAACAAUGAUCAAGGCAAAGAACUCUAACUCCAGGGCUUAAGGUCAGUUAGUUUGUGCUUAGCCUGGAUGGGGACCUUAUUUCAGUCUGCAACACAAACAAUAUCAAUCUAAUUCCCAAUUCUUUCUGUAUUGCACUGUUUGGUUACAGUUUCUUCCCAACUACAUGGCAUCCUCACUCUUUUUUGCUCAGGUAAUUAAAAGAGAAAUGGCCUGAUAACUAACACAUACUGACAUGAAAGACACUGUCCAGAAUGAAAAUUGAUUAUCAGCUGUUUACACUGGUGCUUGGCCGGCAUCCAGACAGCUCCCGGUAUUCAAAUGUAUGAGUGUUAUCUGUUUGGGGAUUGGUGGUGAGAAAAUAAAAUAUUUGUACUUUGAAAAUAAAGGCUUUAAAUGUUACCUUGAGAAAAGUGGAAUAACCUCCCAGAGCAUUGUGAAAUCUGUGGUAGGUGCAAUCCUAGUGAAUGAUUACAGCAAUGAGCUACCCCCAAAUGUCACAGUCUUGACCCAAACAGAAGUGGAUGUAAUAACAAAAUCAAGCACCUUAUAUAAUCUCUUAUCAAGAAGGGAGAGGUCACAGGACUUCCCCAAUCUGUGGGUGACCUGCUGGGCAGAUGUCAUAUGUGCAUAUAAAUGAUGGGCAAAAUAUCUGAAUUAACCCAAGGAGGAACAUGUAUUGCAGCAAAACACAGUGAAUAAAAGGAGGAACAUUAGGGGAAAAAAUACUAAAACAUGAAACAUUGGAGCAGGAGCAGGAGAGAAAAAACUGACAAGGUCACUAGACAGAGACAAUGACUUUUUCUUUUUUCAGGGUGCAAAGGGGCUCCCUCCUUAGAUCCAGCAUAAUCACAGUUAAAGUGUAGCGCAUUCCUGGCCUUUUCCCCCUGGGAUAAGUUUUGUAACAAUACUAAAGUGAAGUGGAGAGGAAAGAGUUGAAAAAAAAAUGCUGACUAUCCUCUUCUCAGAAGUUGGCAGGAAAACGAUGAUUGGCUUGAUGAUCAGAAUCUCUGUACCAAAACCUGUAACUGUUAACACUAAAAUCCAAUGAGCGGGUCGUCGUAAACAAACCAGUCCACUUAGCCUUACAGAGAAGCAAAGGUCACUUCUGAAAAUCAAGAGCAGCAGUUGGAAGGUGCAGAGCUGGAAUAGUUGGACAUCAGAGAUGAUUAGAAAGGGAAGUCUGUAGGUUAAGAAGCAAGAGAUGCCUGUGAGAGCAGCAGUUACACCCAAGUCUGCUGGGAUACACUAGCUGUGUGGACACAGGACUUGACUGCCUCUGUCUUAGAGACUCCAUCAUUUCUCAUAUGGUUACAAGUUGUUAAUUGUUAAUGGUCAGGAAAAAAGCUGAACAUGGAGAUUAGAUUCAGAGGUUUUGUUUAAAAAAGAAAAAGAAAGAAAAGAAUAUAGAUAUGAGAUAGAUCACUGAAUCUAUUCUGAGAAAAAGAUAAAGAAUAAUAGGAUAAAUGGGUCGAUCACUGAAUCUACACUAAAAAGAAAAAGAGGAAGAUAUAAAAAUGACAAAAGGUAGAUUACUGAAUCUAUUAUGAAAAGAAAAAAUACUUUUAAAAAGGAAUUACUUGUUUUAAAUAAGAUAAGUAAUGAAAAUUUUUUGUCUGAAUUUGUCAAA